AUGAAUAUACAAGAAGAGUUUGUUGGUUCGUUCAUGUGUACAAUUAUUUUGUUAAAGGGAUUCUUUCUGUUGAUAAGUUCAGAAUUUAUUUCAAAUUUCGUUCCUUCUGAGAGCAGAAAGAAAAGAAAGGAGGAUUAAUAAAUUAAACCUUUAUACAGAUUAAAAAUGAUUCUUAAUUUUGCUUAUUUUUAUAUAUGUUUGUUUGUUAGUUAGUUAGUUAUUAUUGGUUUAUUAUAAGCAUAAUAUUAGUUGAGCAUAUAUCUAUUCAUUAAAUUUAAUAUAGCUAUUAAAAUAUUGAGAUUAUUAUUUAUACAUUAAAAAUGUUGCUCUUGCUUGAAAGUGUGUGUUUAAUAAUUAAUUAAUUAAUGA